ACAGUCGCUACUGUUUGAUUUUGCUUUAAUGCUUUCGAUAUGAGACGUUGUAUAAACGGAUCGACUUUACUUGUUUCCGCCUUCAAUGUGUAUUUCAAUUCUCGAUGCGCUUUUCUAUCUUAUUAUGACGGUUGCGUUGUAUUCAUUUCCAUACCAAUUACAACACUCAGAACUACAGAAUUUUAUAACUCAUUUAGUCAAUAGUAACUUCUUCUAUUGCAAAGGGUAGCAGAUGAAAUAACAGAAGACAUUAUUAUGAAAUGUGGCAUGUAUAGGAAAAAUGAUAAAGAUUGUCUUUUCCAAGUACAAGAUAGAAGGUGAAGCUUUCGUGUCACAAUCAAAACCGUUUCAUACAAGAUUCCACAGAAGAACUACUGAACACUAAUGAUGACAGAUAAGGUGUUGGCUUGGCUAAGGAAAUACUGUUGUUACGUCGAAAAUAAUGAAUCAAAAACAGAAACAGCCCAGUCAGAACAAUCAGCAACAAACGAAGAAACAAGCAACAGUGCACGAGAAGUCUCUGAUUUGCCAGGUGGUGAACAAUUACACGUUAAAAAUAAUACAAAUAUUGACAUCUCGAAAAAUCCCCAGGUAUUGGUAAGAAAUCGCCGAACAUUUCCGACAAAUUCCGAUGCGCGCAGAAGUCUGUCACUGAAGGAGCGACGCGUUGGUGUCAAACUUCCAGGAAUGGGUCUACUGAGACCGAUAUCUUUGGUUGAGAAAACACAGAACACAGAUUAUUACAACGUAAAUUUCACCAAACGUUUAAUUCAAAGAUUUAAUCGCUAUAUGCCUGACACAAGUAAAACUAAAACAGAGGGAAAAAACUGCAAGCUGCCCGAUAUUGAUGAAUACGAAACAUUUAACACAGAAGAAACGUCACCAAGCAGCGUAUAUGACGAAAUAGUGUUUUCAGAAAGUGAGCAUAAUGCGUCACAGGACACAAAUAUAUUUGAUCCAAACGUUGUUGGUAGCAACAACGGACACAAUAAUUUCGAGUUAGAUAAUAGCAUUAGGGUUGACGAUGAUGGAGACGCAUAUGAACCAAAUCCGAGUUCUGACUUAGGUUUAUAUGAUAAUAUUUCGUUAGUUAAUGAGGAAGAGCAGAAACCAACCACUACACAGUCACGAAAUAAAACAUUGUUUCCAGUCGGUUCAGAUAAAAACCAAUCAUAUUAUUAUGAUUACACGGAAUGGGAAGAUAAUCCAGCAUACGACGAAGUGCAGACUCCUUACAUUAACGAACCAUUAACACCGCCGGCAUUAACAGGAGAAUUAACAGAUAACUUAGAAUGGGAAGAAAAUGUUGCGUAUGUAUCAGCCAUAACACCUCACGAUGAGAAACACGAUGACGUGUUUGAAAUGGAAUGGGAGGAAAAUCCUGCAUACGAAAAAGGAGGGAGCCCAUUACCUUAUCCCAUUACCGCAUCGUCCGAUGCUUCAAAUAAUAAUGACGUUUGUGUCAACUCUGGCCUAAGGAAAAUAAAACGAAAACGAGCUUACACAGAGAGUAUGAUUGUGAGACAAAAUUUUCAACGAGAUUUAAAAUCGGCAAUCGAUUCACGAUUACACAAAGCAUCAUUCCCAUUGGAUUAUCGUAGCAACAGUCAAUUGAAGAGUGCAAGAAGGAAGCAUGAAGAAGAGUCAUAACCAAUAUGAAUACGCAAGUAGAACCGCAUCGACGCCCACCUGCCUAUUUAAAUUGACAAAAAUAUUCUUAGGCGAAAGAUAUAAAAUGAAUAGCAUGUGAAUUUUACAAUGGGAAUGAAAUAUUUCAUGUAUCAGGCUAUACAAUUGAGAUACAUUGAGAGUGAGAAACUUUGAAAGUGAGAAACAUACCGCAUUUAUUAGAAUAAACGCCCUGUUUUUAAUAUAUUCCUCCCUCGAGAAGAGCCUCAUUGGAACAAACUACUCCUCGAAUAAGCGUCCAUAACGUUUAUUUUUUCCUGGGAUAAACGUCCCCCUAAAUGAUUGUAAACAAAUCUAAUGAUAGCAACUUCAUUCUCAACACAUUCUAUUAAUGUUCUACUCCAGAAAUAACCUGGUUACGAUGAUGUAAGUCUUUAUGAUCACGAAAUUAUUUGACGGUAAUUAUGUGUUUUAGUUCCACAUUUACAGUGAGAUUAAGGGGCGUUUAUUUGAGUAUAUACGUAUUCACUUUAAACCUAAUACAUAAACGCCUCCCUCGAAUUAACACCCCCUCAAACAAAACAAAAAUCCUCUCAACAACCAUAUUCGAAUAAAUACGGUAUUUUAUUCAGGUCAAUAUUAUAGCCGUAAUUUAGUAAUUUGGUAGAAUCUUAAUAAAUAGACAUGUGGUGGAUGUGGUCUAAAGUUUAAAAAUUAAAUGUUCCACAUUUUAUUUUAUCCUUCAUUGGAGGUGUAAUUUUCUACCUCAAUGGUUCCGAGAAUUGACUACCAAGUAUGUUGUGAUCACAAAGUGAUUGUGAGUUCUCUAUACCUUUCAAUUCCAAGAGGCCCGAGGCGGUACGGCAAGCCUGCUCAUGACUGACGCUGCGCGUCUUAAACUGGUGGAACUUUCUUGUCAUUGGUACCUCUCUUUUUAUACUUUACUCUUUUGGAGUCCUUAUGAGGUCGGCUUACCCAACAUAACCAUAACCAGAACUUAUGGAUUGAAAAUCAAUAUAAAAUAGAUAACAGAUCACAUGUAGACACACAUGUAAAUGAUACGAUACGGUAUAUAUAGUCAAAUAAUAAACAAUAAUGUGAUAAGCAAUCGAAACUAAUAACACAAAUGUUUAAAAUGUCAUAGAAAUGAAUAUAAAAUGAGUCGGUUUCCUGAAACACAGGUCUAUCUAUCUGAGGUCUUUCCACAAAAUGAGACGGUAUGGUGAGACCAUAGUUUGAAAACAGGUCAGAUCAACGUAUUGUGGUCAGUAAAUGUUCAGUGCAGGCGUGGAUCCAGGCCUUCACAUCGUUCGCCGUGGCGAAGGUCAGGGUGAGAAAUAAAAAUAAAAUGUUUACCAUUUUUUCAACAAUCAUGCUUGGCACUUACUAUGAACUUAUUGACUUAUACAAAUUAACCAAACCGUAUACAGUACAUUGUAUUUUGCCAACAAAGUAGGCCUAAAUGUAGCCAGUGUAAUUUGCCCAACACUAAAAUGACACUGUGUGUUUUUAGCAUUGUUUUAAGGUAAUAACCAAUCAGAGAUUCACAUGAACAAAACAAAUUAAAAUGUAUUUAGCUUAAUUAUUGUUAUCGGCAAUAUCUUACUUGUAGUCUUAAGAACCUGUUCGUUUAUCUGUUUAUAGAAAUGCUGUAAUUAGCAAUACUUGUUUUAAAACCCUAGGUAAACUAAGCGUUAGGGGAUCCCCUAUGCAGUGGGGGAUUCAAGGGGAACCCAGCCGGCCUGGGCUCCCGUAAAUAUUAUUUUUUUGAAUGGAGAAAAAAAAAAGAAAAUUAUAUUAAAAUUCUGAGAGUGCCAUUUCCGGCCAUCUAAAGGCGACAUAAUCUUAAUUGUUCUUACCUCAGCCCCAACCAUGGUGGGGCUGAAGUGUCUUGGAUCCGCGCCUGCAGUGGGUGGGGAGCGCCUUGAAGUUGAAGUUUUUUUUUUAUGAAAGGUGGGGUGGCGGUAGGGUGGGUAGUCGAUACUUAAUUGCACAAACUUUAAAGAGGUACAUUGGCUUAACUUUGUACGGUAUUUGUUGCUUGGUUAAAAUUUUAUCCAGCUUUACCAAAAUGAGCCUUCAUUUCGCAACGGUUAUGCCCAUGCGCAGUGCUGAGCACUAUUGUGCUCUAGAAGAGAAUGAAAAGGCUAAUAGCAGCCUCCUAAAUACAUUACAAGUAUAUUUGUGCUUCCGUUAAUUUUAAAAGAUAUUGAAAUUUUCACUUCUUUUGUAUUACAGUAUUGUACAAGUUGGUUGGAAAAAAUCUUGAUAGAGGGAGAUAGAAAGAAAGGAAGGAAUGAAUCGGUGAAUAAAGUACAAUAAUUGCA